UAUGUCGUCUCCUUUCAAGCCAGUUUUGACUCUAUUUACCAUUCUUCAAGUUUUGAUGUGCAGUAAUAAAGCAGAAGCAGAAGCUAGAAGCUUAAGCAAGAAAACUAGGCCAUUCAAUAAUUCGAUCCCAGCAGUUUUUGUAUUUGGAGAUUCCACAGUUGAUUCUGGCAACAAUAAUUAUUGGAUAACUCCUUUUAAAAGCAAUUUUCCGCCUUAUGGAAUGGAUUUCAUCGACCACAUUCCCACAGGAAGAUUUUCCAAUGGCCGCCUUGUCACUGAUUUUAUGGUUUCAUACUUGGGGAUCAAAGAGUGUGUACCGCCGUAUUUGGACCCAACACUAAGCCUGGAGGAGUUGAUGACUGGAGUUUCUUUUGCCUCCGCCAACUCCGGAUUCGAUCCCCUCACACCUACCCUAAACAGCGUAAUUUCCAUGCAAAAACAACUGGAAUAUUUUAAAGAAUACAAAACACGACUUGAGCUCGCGAUUGGGAAGGAAAGAACAAACAAUCUGAUAAACAAAGCCGUGUUUGUUAUAAGCUGUGGCACAAACGACUUUGUGAUCACUUAUUACGGCAGCCCGUUUCGACGACAAAUGUACACUGUCUCUGGCUACCAGCAAUUCUUAUUGCAACAUGUUCAACAGUUCUUACAGGAUCUAUUGGACCAAGGAGCUCGAACAAUAGCUUUUGUGGGACUUCCACCAAUGGGGUGCUUGCCCAUUUUAAUAACACUCAAUUCCGGUAAUGCAUUGCAUAAUCGUGGAUGCAUUGAAUCAUUAUCCGUUACUGCGGUUGAUUACAACCAGAAGCUACAAAUGAAAUUGAAAACCAUGCAAAGCCAUGUCUCUGGUGCCACAAUCGUUUAUGCUGAUAUUUAUAAAGUAAUGGAUGAAAUGACUCAAAAUCCCUCCAAAUUUGGUUUUAACAUCGUCCACGUCGGUUGUUGUGGAAGUGGAUAUUUAGAAGCUUCAAUUUUAUGCAAUCCAGCAUCACCGGUUUGCUCUGAUGCCUCCAAGUAUAUGUUCUUUGAUUCAGUACACCCAACUGAAGCAACAUACAACUACAUCUUCAAGUCACUGCGUCAUGCCAUUGAUCAAAUUGUCAAGAAUUAGUAUUUUUUAUUUUUAAUUGAGUGUAGUCCAAAUAAUGAUUCCCCCCAAAAUUUGCAAAAAAGUUCGUAAACUGUUUUCAUACUUA